AUGCAGUUAGCGCUGGAUCUGUUUGACAAGCCGAGCUUCCAGAAUGUAUCCUUGACUCGCAACUGGAUCCCAGCCAAACAAGGUGGUGGAGAGAUCAAGGUUUGGAGAACGGAGCAGGCGAAAAUGAGAAAGAAAAAGAAAAAGAAAAAUUACUUCCUUUUGGUAGCGCCAAGUUUGGGCCAGAGCCCACAAGUUAAAUCCGGGCGACUAGCAUCUCCGAACCACCCGUAUCAUAAAAUACGGUGGAUACGUCCAGAGUACCGACUGAGCAUGUAUGGGCGCGGCGCAUGUGUUGAGACGACCGAAGAACACGGCACCUAA